CAGGUCCUGCCAAGUCGCCCACUUCCGCUUCCGGCCAGCGCGCGUCUCCUAUCGUUUCUUAGGCAUUGGUCCCAGGAGUAUGGGAAGCAGUCAGGCCCUGGACAGUGAAGGUGGAGGCAGGUCCUUGUGACCUCAGGUGUCCAUCUGACACUCCUUGUAAGAUCUUGGAAAGUCUCAAGAAUGAAGAAGGCCUAGAUCUUCUGCUUCUCCAGCUUAGGAAGAUGGGAGAAGAAAUAACAUUGCUGAUGCUCUCAAAAAACAUGGGAGAGGAGACCACGGAGACCUUGACCUCAAGGCAUGGGGAGAGAACUGUGCAUUCUCAAGCCUCAGCCCUUUUCCAACACAGCGGGGACAAGACCAAGUUUCAGGAGCCAUUGACCUUCAAGGACGUGGCCGUGAUCUUCACGGAGGAGGAGCUGGGGCUGCUGGACUCCGCCCAGAGGAAGCUGUACCGAGACGUGAUGCUGGAGAACUUCAGAAACCUAGUCUCAGUGGGAGACAAGAAUGAAAAGGAGAUGGAGAAUAUUCAAGAAAGGGAAUUAAAGUUCCUUUCACGCAGAGAGCUCUCCUACUUGAAAAUCUGGGAACAGAUGGCUGAUGAAUUAACUAAGAGUCAAGACCAUAGAGUAAAUCUUCAAGACAAAGAUUGCCAGUUCUCAGAAGAUGCUUCUCUCUGUCAGGAGUGGGAAGGAACAUCUACUCGGGGUUCACAAACUGAAAAUUUUGUGGAUAGUCUUCAAGAUGAUGGGCCCUUUAAUUUGGAAAUUCAAGCGUUUCCAGCCUGGAAAAUUGUAAGACUGGUCUCCAUUCAAGAACCUUGGAUGACAGCCUUUGUGAAUGAGCCAUGGAAUGUUCUAGAAAGGUGUAAAACACUUGACAUGGAAGAUAUAAUACAUAAAUAUGACUGGGAUGGCUAUGGCUUCAGCUGGAUGUCAAGUUGUCACAAUGACCACAGAUCAGCUGAAAGAGAGAAACCAUAUCAUUGCGAUCGAUGUAGAAAAGACUUCAUUAAAGAGUCCGUACUUCAUCACCCCAACCCCAGAGAUAAUGGCUUGAAAAGUGAUGAAUGUAGAAAUGGUUUCAGGGAUGAUUCAAACCAUCCCACUUAUCCAAGAGUGCCCUUAAAAGAGAAACCCUAUAAAUAUCAUGAGUUUGGUAAGGGCUUGAGGCAGGCUGCCUGUCUUGAGAGACAUCAAAGAGUUCCCACAGGCGAGAAAUCCUUGAAAAGUAAUGAGAGCGAUCGGGCCUUCAGGCAGAACACACGUCUUCACAAACGUGCCGGGGUCCACGCGGGAGAGAUGCCCUACAGGUGCGAUGUGUGUGGGAAGGGAUUCAGGUACAAAUCAGUUCUUCUUAUUCACCAGGGAAUACACACGGGAAAGAAACCCUACAAAUGUGAGGAGUGUGGGAAGGCCUUCAGUCGAAGCUCGAAUCUGCUUGUCCAUCAGAGAGUCCAUACUGGAGAGAAACCGUACAAAUGCAGCGAGUGUGGAAAAGGCUUCAGCUACAGCUCGGUGCUUCAGGUCCAUCAGAGGCUGCACACAGGGGAGAAGCCCUACACGUGCAGCGAGUGUGGCAAAGGAUUCUGCGCCAGGUCUGCGCUACACAAGCAUCAGCACAUCCACCUGGGAGAAAAACCCUACCGUUGUAUCGACUGUGGACAGGGAUUCACUUGUCGCCCCCAUCCCAGCAGUCAUCAGAAGACACACACAGGAGAGAAACCCUGCCAAUGUGAUGGGUGUGACAAAGGUUUCAGUCACAACUCGUACCUUCAGGCUCACCGGCGAGUUCACCCGGGGCAGCGCCUCUAUGAAUGCGAGGUGUGUGGUAAGAGUUUCAGUUAUAGCUCAGGGCUCCUCGUGCAUCAGAGGCUGCACACGGGAGAGAAACCCUACAAAUGCGAGUGUGGGAAGGGCUUCAGCCGCACCUCAGACCUCCAUGUCCAUCAGAGAGUCCACACAGGAGAGAAACCCUAUAAAUGUGUGGAGUGUGGGAAGGGCUUCCGGCGGAAUUCAGACCUUCAUAGUCACCAGAGGGUCCACACGGGAGAGAGGCCCUACAUAUGUGACGUGUGUGGGAAGGGCUUUAUAUACAGCUCUGACCUCCUCGUCCAUCGGAGGGUCCACACGGGAGAGAAACCCUACAAGUGUGCCGAGUGUGGCAAAGGCUUCAGUUAUAGCUCACGGCUUCUCAUUCACCAGAGGGUCCACACAGGCGAGAAACCUUACAAGUGCGAGGAGUGUGGAAAGGGCUUUCGAUGCACCUCAAGUCUUCACAAACAUCAGCGAGUCCACACGGGAAAGAAGCCGUAUACGUGUGAUCAGUGUGGCAGGGGAUUCAGUUACGGCUCCAAUCUUCGCACCCACCGGAGACUGCACACAGGGGAGAAACCCUACAUGUGUUAUGAAUGUGGAAAGGGCUUCAGAUACGGCUCAGGUCUCCUCAGUCAUAAGAGAGCGCACACUGGAGAGAAACCAUAUCGAUGUGACGUGUGUGGGAAGGGCUUCGGCCAAAGCUCCUGUCUUCAUGUCCAUCAGCGGGUCCACACUGGGGAGAAGCCCUAUAAGUGUGAGAAGUGUGGGAAGGGUUUCAGUUACAGCUCAGGUCUGCGAAAUCAUCAGAGAGCACAUUUAAGUGAGAAACCUUGUAAGGAGGGGUGAAUUGAGGUCUCCACUUAGAACUCAGAACUCUGUGUUCAUCUGGGAGCCCACACAGGAGAAAACCUUGAUGAACAUGUUAUGGAGGGAGGGCUGCAGUAAAGCCUGGCAUUUUCAUAGGCAGCAGCUCGUCUGCAUAGGAAGGAAAGAUCUGGAAGUUCUUGAGCACUUCAGUCACAGACUUCACUCUUCAAGAGUAUUGCACAGCAGAGUGGUCCUUAAAGAAAUGGCUAUGGCAGUGGCUUCAGUAAAAAUUGUCACUUUCAUCAGAGUUGGGAGCUGUUAGAA